GUCUGACGGGUUCUUCUUCUAGCUGGUGGUAUUCAGUAGCUGCCCGAUAGGAAAACAGCGACAGAGGCGAGAAGGAGGAGGUGCGGAGAGGAUCACUGGCAGAGGUGCAGCCAGCAUGGUGUUUUAAGACUCACAAUUGAAUUGAGUAAAACUGCCAUGCAAUCAUUUGAAGACAAGUAACCUGUGAAGAAUCUCCGUCAUACAUCCAUUCUGCCAUGUUUCGUGGCUGUUAUUAUAAGUCGUGUUUGUCUUCAUGAAGAUUCCUAAUCUUGGUAAUGUGAUGAAUAAAUUUGAGGUCCUUGGAGUUGUAGGUGAAGGUGCCUAUGGAGUGGUGCUUAAAUGUCGACACAAGGAAACAAAGGAAAUUGUGGCAAUUAAAAAAUUUAAAGACAGCGAAGAAAAUGAAGAAGUCAAGGAGACGACGCUGCGAGAGCUUAAAAUGCUUCGCACCUUGAAGCAAGAAAAUAUAGUUGAGCUGAAAGAAGCAUUUAGAAGAAGAGGAAAAUUAUACCUAGUCUUUGAAUAUGUUGAAAAGAACAUGCUUGAAUUAUUGGAAGAGAUGCCAAAUGGAGUUCCUCCGGAAAAAGUCAAGAACUACAUUUAUCAGCUCAUCAAGGCAAUUCACUGGUGUCACAAGAAUGACAUUGUCCAUAGAGACAUCAAACCAGAAAACCUCUUAAUUAGCUACAACGAUAUCUUAAAGCUCUGUGAUUUUGGAUUUGCAAGGAAUUUAUCUGAAGGCAGCAAUGCCAAUUACACUGAAUAUGUGGCCACCCGAUGGUACCGUUCUCCUGAGCUGCUUCUGGGGGCUCCAUAUGGGAAGGCUGUUGACAUGUGGUCUGUGGGCUGUAUCCUUGGAGAACUGAGUGAUGGCCAACCACUUUUUCCCGGAGAAAGUGAAAUUGAUCAACUUUUCACAAUCCAGAAGGUGUUAGGACCUCUCCCGUCAGAGCAGAUGAAGCUGUUCUACAGCAACCCUCGUUUCCAUGGCAUGCGGUUUCCUGCUGUCAAUCAUCCUCAGUCUUUAGAAAGACGGUACUUGGGAAUCAUAAGUAGUGUUUUACUUGACCUCAUGAAGAACUUAUUGAAGCUAAAUCCGUCUGAUAGAUAUCUAACUGAACAGAGCUUGAACCACCCAGCAUUUCAGACUCAGAGACUUUUGGAUCGUGGUGGGAGCUCUCCUAGAUCAUCCAAGAGAAAAACUCAUCACUCAGAUAGCAACUCAUCAAGCAGGAAACCAUCUACUAAAAGCUCUCAGCCACAUCAUAGAUCAAACAGUAAAGAUGUUCAAACUCUUUCUGUUGGACCAAAAAGAGGUGAAGAAACUCAUCCACCCAAUGAAACUUUCAUCAAUGGAAGUCAUCCAGCAGGAUCUCAUAGUCCAACAGUCCAUCCAAAAAAGAGCAACCAAAGUGGGUCUGGCAACAAGGAUCUGUCCAGUAACAAUUUGCCACACCUUCUUAGUCCAAAGGACGCAAAGUCUAAGAAUGAAUUUGAUUUUGGUACUGAGCCAAAGACCAGUGAAGGGCCAGGAACAAAAUAUAUGAAAUCAAGUUCACGAUCCCAGCAUAACAGGCAUUCAUUCAUAGAGGGUAAAACUGGAAGCUUACAACCUGGUGAAAAGCAUGCUCGCCAUAGUUACAUUGAUACUAUCCCACAGUCUUCAAGGAAAAGUGGUUCUUAUAUGAGCUAUUCAAAAAGUCAUGGUGUUCUGACAGAUUCAAAAUCAGUGGGAAAUCUUAAUGAAAGUAGAGGACAAGGUCUGGAACCCAAUAGUAGAUAUUUUCCAUCUAGCUGUCAUGACUUAAAUUCUCCAACGAGCCCUGCUGGUCCUAGGCAUGGUGACAGUAGAGGUAUGUUGAGCCCCUCUGGAAGGACUAAAAGGAAAGAAGGAACUUUGGAGUCAAGGAGACCUACUACAAGGCAUUCCAGAACUAUGGAGGAGCUGAAGCUUCCAGAUCAGAUGGAUAGUAGUCACACUCACUCACUGUCAGCCCCACAUGAGUCUUUUUCAUAUGGCCUAGGUUACACUAGUCCUUUCUCCUCUCAGCAACGUCCUCACAGACACUCCAUGUAUGUGAGUCGGGACAGAGUAAGAGUUAAAGGAAAUGAUCCAGGACUAAGUGUUGGGCAAGGCAUGGCAGCUAGGGCCAACAGUCUACAGUUGCUAUCUCCUCAGGUACAACAUCGAACAUUGACCAGAUCUGUUGGUUCAUCACGUGAAGAUUGCACAGAAGAUACUACUAGGCAGGCUGACCCAGCUCCAUCAGAAGGGAUCAUCCACUCAAGACCUCUAGCUAAAGAGCCCAACAGAGAUGGCGCAACUUCAUUUCAUUUGCGACAAAAGUCUGAGGGAGGACCUUAUCAUGACACACAUCCAGAUGAUCCAUCCUCCAAAGAAAAUCGCCAUACAUACACUGAUACAGUCCCUAGACGGGUUGGCAGCUUCUACAGAGUUCCAUCACCUCGGCCAGAGGGAACGUUUCAUGAAAACAGUGCGUCAAACCGAAGUUCUUCACAUCCAGUCGACAGCAGUUCAGGAACAAAUCACUCAAAGAGACAGACCACCUUUGAUCACUGGACAGCAACAGAAAAAAGCCAUUCCGAACAAAUUAAAGACAAGGAAAAGCAAAGUUUUUUCCGAGUCAUAAAAAAGAAAAAGAAGAAGUCUCAAGCUACAGAAUCCACAGAUCCUGAAAAACCGAACGUGAAGAAAAGCCUCUUCCCACUUUUUAGUUCAAAGAACAAUUUAAAGAGUAGCUCUUCUUUGAAAAAACUGCCUGUAGUCAAUCUGCCGAUGAUGCCUAAUACAGAUGGUCAAGAUCAUCUCAACAUACAGAAAAGCACCCACUCAUCCAGUCACAAAAGCAGCCGACACAAAGAGUGGCGUCCAGACAAAAUGGGAGAAAUUCAUUCUCAUAGUCAACCCUUAAAGUCUCUGUGGAAGCUUCUCCACCCAUCAUCAAAUCACUCAGUACCACCAGAUCCAAGAUUUCAACCUUUACCCAACCAGCCACCUAAAACACCUUCCUUUGCAGAGGCCAGAAUACACCCAAUGAGCCAGCCUUCCAGCUCAGUCCAUCGUCAGGAGCCACAGCCAAAAAGUCGACCUGGACUGCAGAUUCCAGGACAGCCAGAACCUCUGUGGCAUGUCUCCCCAGUAAAUCGAGGAACUAGUGAGGGAGCUCCUUUCCCUGAUCAGCUGGCCUCCAAGCCUGGCCAGAACGGGAUGCCUUUUAACCGGACAAAAAGAACCAGAUUGCCAAAUUUAAAUGACUUAAAAGAGACAGCUCUUUAGUUGACCCCUGUGCAGAAGGCAGUGUAUACAUGAAAUGAGUUCUGGGUGAAUGCUAAUUUGGCGAAGGAGCUUCAAAGGAUGUAUAAGCAAGUACCUAUAGUUAUAUUGAUUAUGUGCAAUAUGCUUGUGUGAGGUUACACUGUGCCGCAAAACCCACCCACUAAUACUUUUGUCGAUUGUCCGGUUACCUGCUACCACUUUCCUUGUGACAUUAGAAUGUGCAAUAAAAAAGAUAUUGUCAAGAUCCAAAAGAUCUCCCCAGUGCUACACAAUGAAAAGAAUGGCGCCAAUAUAUUUAUACGUCACAAACGAAUAGCCUUAUCCAGGGAAGAAAUCAAUAUUUUAAAUACCUAAUACUGUAAAAGUGGGUUUAUCCAGAAUUAGAGAUUUUUAAGGAACUAACACUUCCACAUUUGAUAUUUUUUUGUAAUAUUUAUUUAUGAUUAUUAUCAUGAAGUCAUAUCAUUGAAUUUGUUACAAUGUCGAGUUAUUUUGAGCUGUUUAAAAACAUUGUGAAGCCGUACAACAGCUAAAGUAGUUUAUAUGAAAACUUACAGUAUAACAUUUAUAUAUUGCAUUCAGAGUAUUAUAUAUAAAAAAAAUAUAUAUAUAUAUUAUCUGCACACUCAAACAUUUGUGUGUGUAGUUGUUUAUAUGUUAAAUGACUGUCAUUUUUAUAACUACGAGCAUAUAGAGAAGAAAGUAUUGUUACGAUGACAACUCUGCCAUAUUUUUAUACAUUUGUGCAGUAUUAAUGUACUUCUAAUAAAAGGGAGUAAACUAGAGAUGUCAGUGUGCCUGCAGCCGUGUGAAUCUUGUCUGACUACAAGCGCAGGUUUGGAAAGUCGACCAGUGUUAUUGUGAUGUUUGCUUCUGUCAUUGCUGAGAAACUCAACUUGCCGAAAGUCAGAAUGACCUAGCGUGAUGGACGAGAUUCCUUCCUCUCAACAAUUAUUUGGGUUUU